AUGGGUGCCUACAAAUACGUCGAGGAGCUCUACAAGAAGAAGCAGAGCGAUGUGCUCCGUUUCCUUCUCCGCGUUCGGUUAGUAUCCGACCCGCCGCGCCUUCCGCCCACAUCAGCACCAUCCAUCGUCGCUGCUCUUGUCGCCGCCAGUCGCACUCGCUACUCUGCCGUCACAGAGUUCACUGCCUCAGCUCGUUCCGCACAGCGGCAAGGUGGAUCGACGCCCCGUAUAUGCUGGGAGUACCGCCAGCUCAACGUGAUCCACCGUGCCUCGCGCCCCUCGCGUCUCGACAAGGCGCACCGUCUGGGCUACAAGGCCAAGCAGGGCUACGUUAUCUACCGCAUCCGUGUGCGCCGUGGUAACCGCAAGAAGCCCGUUCCCAAGGGUGCCACCUACGGCAAGCCCGUCCGCCAGGGUGUGAACCACCUCAAGUACCAGCGUUCGCUGCGUGCCACCGCCGAGGAGCGUGUGGGCCGCAAGUGCUCCAACCUGCGCAUCCUCAACUCGUACUGGAUCAACCAGGACGGUGUGUACAAGUACUUUGAGGUGAUCGCCGUUGACCCUCAGCACAAGGCCAUCCGCCGCGACCCCCGCAUCAACUGGAUCGCCAAGGCUGUUCACAAGCGCCGCGAGUGCCGUGGCCUCACCGCCACCGGCAAGAGGAGCCGUGGCCAGGGCAAGGGCCACCGCUACAACAAGACCCAGGGCGGCGGCAAGAACGCCACCAUCCGCAAGCGCGACACCCUCCAGCUGCGUCGUUACCGUUAA